UGUGGCAUAAGGCAUAUUGAAAAUGUAUAAAGUAUAUUGUUAAAAAGGUUCAUGCAAAAGGGUAAUGGGUCAGUGUGUGGCUCAGUCGGUUAGGGCUCUGUGUCCGUAGUCAGCAGGUUGCUGGUUCAGAUCCUGUGAACAAGGCCCUUAACCCCAGUUUCUCCAGGGACUGGUGGACCGAUAAUGAAAACACAAUGCUUUCCAUGAACAGGUCAGAAAGCUGGUGUUCGGAAAAUGGGAAGUGGGAGCAGUACCCCAGUGACAGAGGAGAACAAACCAGAGCUCCUUGGUAAAGCCUGGAGGGAUGUUGUGUGGGACCACAGCACACGAACUGAUCUCAAGCAAUACCUGCAAGAUUACAAGCCCACUAUCGAUUCAGUGCCUCAGGCUCGGAUUCUUCUAAUUGGUCAUAUUACAGCUGGAAAAUCAAGCUUCUUCAACUCCAUCAACUCUAUCUUCCGUGGCAACAUUACAAGCCAAGCUGCAGUAGGAGAAAUGAAAACCAGCCUGACCUUGAAGUAUCACACUUACCAGGUGAGGGCGGGCCGAGGCGGACAGCCUCUGGGAUUCCUACUGUGUGACACCAUGGGAUUGGAAGCAAGGGAGGAUGGAGGGGUGAGAACUGAAGAUAUUGAGAGCAUCCUGAAGGGCUACGUUCCAGACAAGUACCAGUUCAACCCUGUGCAGCCAAUGAAAGCUGAUAACUCUCAGGCAUGGAGCACAUUGGCUCUUAAGGACAGGAUCCACUGUGUGGUGUAUGUGAUAGACGCCUCCACAACUGGAAUUGUGGACCAAGGAAUGAAGAAUAAAAUUGAUGAAAUCAGAAAGAGAACUAACUCGGCAGAGGUACCUCUAUUGGUGCUACUGACCCAUGUGGACAAAGCGUGCCCACAUGUGGAAAAGGACUUGAAGAAGGUGUAUCACAGCUGCUACAUAAAGGAUAUGAUCUACAGAGCUAGCGAGUGUCUAGGCAUCCCAUCGUCAAAUGUGAUUCCAGUGAAGAAUUACCAUGAUGAGAGUGAGCUGAGUGACACCUGUGACAUCCUGCUCCUCCGGGCUAUGAAGCAGAUGCUGGACUUUGCUGACAAUUACUUUGACAGCUGGGAGGACGACACAGAGUAGAUGAAUUGAUCAUAUUGAGGGGUUGUGCCGUUGCCUCAAUCUGUCCAUAUCCUUGUGUUCUACACCACACCUUAGGUCCCUGUAAACCUGCAUUAGGCUGUUUCUGUACAUUUCCUGACACACAAACCUUUUCAUAACCUGGAUUUAUAAUUGUCUUUUUAUUUGAGUAUGAAUGAUGCUUAGAUAUAAUCUAUAUGUUUUAUGAUGAGCUUUUAAAUAAAACAGACGACCAUAGGUUCGAUAUA